AUGAAACGAAAUCCUGAAAAGUGUGCAUUCGACGUGACCUCAGGAAAAUUCCUGGGUUUCCUAGUAUCACAACGAGGUAUCGAGGUCAACCCCAACCAAAUCAAAGCCAUAGAAGGAAUACCAGAGCACUUAACCACCAAAAAACAGGUUCAGAGGCUGACUGGCCAUAUCGCCGCCCUGUCAAGAUUCAUUUCGCAAUCAUCCGACAUAUGCCACACAUUUUUCGGCAUACUCAGAAAGGAAAAUGGCCUCCAGUGGACCGCCGAGUGCGCUCAAGCCCUGAAAGAGUUAAAGGCUUACCUGUCAUCACUACCGUUGCUUUCCAAAGCGGAGCCUGGGGAGUGUCUCCUCGCCGUAUCUGAAGUGGCGAUGAGUGCAGUCCACGUCCAAGAAGAUAAAGGGACUUUCCAUAUCAAAGAGCAAAGGUUACAAGAAUACCAGGCCGAGAUCUGCAAACUACUGUCCGAGUUCGACGAAUACCAGCUCGACCGAAUUCCUCGAGCACAAAACAUCGAAGCAGACGGCCUCGCCAAAUUAGCAGCAGACACUAAAAGCAUAACCGGAGAAAGAAACGAUGGAGUACUCCCAGAUGAUAAAAAGGAAGCCAAGAAGAUUCGGAUGCAAGCAGCCAUGUAUAACAUCAUUCAUUACGACCUAUACAAGAGGACGUAUGGCGUCCUAGAAGAAGUCCAUGAAGGCCACUGCGGAGCUCAUUCCGGCAGUUGA